UCAGUUCUCGCCACUAUUUUAUUUUUCCAGCUCUUGCUUUUGGACACUCACUUCUUUACAUAAAAAGCCCUAGCUUUAAAAAUAUCGCCGAUGAUCACACUUUCCAAUAACCCUACCUUAAACCCAGUACCAAUGCCUCAGGACGACGAUGAAGACCCUCGAAACGGCGCCGUAGAGGCAAACGACCACGCCCACCAAAGCCCCUUAAAGAAGCCCAGACUGACCCGACCCAUUUCUGAACCCGACAUUCUGCAAGAGUUCUCCCACCACCAACAGGGCUUUGCCAGAAUUAACAACGGCAGCUUUGGGAGCUGCCCGCGGUCAGUUCUCUCUGCCCAGAAUACGUGGCAUCUCCGAUUCCUGCAGCAACCCGAUGAGUUUUUCUUCAACUCGCUCCGAAAGGGGAUCCUCGAGUCACGCGCCGCCGUGAAGGCUUUAAUCAACGCCGACGACGUUGAUGACGUGUCACUCGUCGACAAUGCUACAACCGCCGCCGCUAUCGUCCUCCAGCAGGUCGGCCGCCAGUUCGCUGACGGAAGCUUCCGCAAGAACGACGCCGUCAUCAUGUUCCACUGCGCGUUCCCGGCGGUGAAGAAAUCCAUCGGCGCAUACAUCGGCCCCGCUGGUGGCUCCGUCGUGGAGGUUCGGCUUCCCUUUCCAGUUCGCAGCGAUGAGGAGAUUAUUGCGGAGUUCAAGAAGGGGCUUGAGCGAGGUAAGAUUAAUGGCGGAAGGGUUAGGUUUGCGAUGAUUGAUCACAUAACUUCGAUGCCUUCGGUUGUUCUUCCCGUUCGGGAAUUGAUUAGGGUUUGCAGGGAGGAAGGUGUGGACCAGGUCUUCGUCGAUGGCGCCCACUCCAUAGGGAGCGUGCCUGUCGACGUGAAGGAAAUUGAUGCUGAUUUCUACGUGAGCAAUUUGUAUAAAUGGUUCUUUGCACCGCCUGCUGUGGCUUUCUUACACUGCAAGAAUUCGAAAGGUUUGGUGGAUUUGCACCACCCAGUCGUGUCCCAAGAGUAUGGGAAGGGGUUGGCGUUAGAGAGCUCCUGGGUUGGGAACAGAGACUAUACUCCCCAGCUCGUGGUGCCGUCGAUUUUGGAGUUUGUGAACCGGUUCGAAGGUGGUAUUAAGGGGAUCAUGAAGAGGAACCAUGAUGGGGUUGUGAAGAUGGGGACUAUGCUGGCUGAAUCAUGGGGAACAAUGCUGGGGUCGCCGCCAGAGAUGUGCGCAAGCAUGAUCAUGGUUGGAUUGCCUUCUAGGCUAUGUGUGACGAGUGAUGAUGAUGCCAUGAGUUUAAGGACGCACCUGAGGGUGUAUCACAGGAUUGAAGUUCCUACAUAUUACCAGGCUUUGAGGAAUGAAGAUAGGGAUCCCAAGGACAAGGACGGAUUUAUAACUGGUUAUGUUAGGAUAUCUCGUCAAAUUUAUAACACAGAUGAGGAUUAUCAUAGGCUUAAGAAUGCAAUUAAUCAGAUUUUGGAGGAUGGGAAAAUUUGCAGCAUGCUUCCUGUUGAGUGAUCCAAAAAGAGCGAAUAGGUAUUUUUUCCAUGACAACUUCACCCGCUUUUGAAUUGUUCGAUUUUAAACUAACAUAUGCUUGAAGAGCACAUUUUAUGAGUAUACCCAAUUUUCCUGUUGUGCUUGGAGUUAAACAUUUAUUCCACCUAGUUGCUUUGCAAUUUAACAUGUAGCAUAGCUUGAUAGCUUCUGAUCUCUGUAUGUCUAUAAUUGAUUGUACCUAUGAUUGAAAUUGUUAAAAGAAACCAUUAAACCAAGCUGUUGUUGGAGUGUACAAAUGAUCAACAUCCUUUAAUGAUCAUGUGCUGUUUGAGAAACUUUCCCGUCAAAGAACCAUUUGCAUUCAAGGAUCCACUGGCCAUUGGGUUUUUAACCAGUUCAGAACUAGUUUGGUUGUCUUCAAGCAAUUUUAUUUUAAGAAACUGAACCAAAAUUUCAGUUUAAAUUCAGUUGAAUUUGGUCUUUCUAAUGAACCAUUAGUAUAAGGAAUAGAAUUGUGAUAAAAUUGCCACAUAACUACAUAAUAGUAAUAGUGAUAGGGAUAGGGAUAGUGAUAAUGAUAGCAAUAGCGAUAGAGAAAGCGAGAGCCAUAGCCACAGCGAGAGCUACGGCCACAAUUUAUGACUCAAAAUUAUGGAUGUAUUCACUUUGACUACUUUAUAGUUCAUUGGAGCUCAUAAAUUUAGCCACAGCAACAAUGAUAGCAAUAUACGAUGUCGAUUUAUGACUCAAAAUUUUGAUGGAUGCAUUCACUUUGGCUACUUUAUAGUUCAUUGAAGCUCAAAAUUUUUUGGAUAUGGGUCCUCUGUGCUACAGGUGAACUGCAUUUACAUUGUAAAUCGAGAAAUAAAGAAACAUAUGAAUUGGUGUUUACCUAGUUAUUAUAUAAAUUUGCAUUUAUCUACUUUCUUUAGACAUCAUGUAUCUGCGUUUAAAAUAGAAAUGUUUAAAUUAGUGUCUGUUUCUAGGACUAUGAGAAUAUGUGUUUUUAAAUGGAAGAAAUAGUUACCAUGGUGGAAUGAAUUACAGUCUAUAAGUGGUUCCUGUUGUUGCACCCACAUUCACAUGGUGGGUUUGUAUGUUGAUGGUUACUUGUUUAAUGCAACUUGCUUGCUUGUUGAUGAUA